UGAGAAUACAGUCUGGAGGACCAAUGUCGGGUUCAGGGGUGGGAAUACAGUCUGGAGGACCAAUGUCGGGUUCAGGGGUUGGAAUACAGUCUGGAGGACCAAUGUCGGGUUCAGGGGUGGGAAUACAGUCUGGAGGACCAAUGUCGGGUUCAGGGGUGGGAAUACAGUACAGAGGACCGAUUUCGGGUUUGAUGGUAAGAAUACAGUACGGAAGUUUGAUAUUGGGUUCAGUGGUGGGAAUACAAUACGGAGGGCCCACGUCGGGUUCUGCGGUGGGAAUACAGUAUGGAGGACUGAUGUCGGGUUCAGGGGUGAGAAUACAGUCUGGAGGACCGAUGUCGGGUUCAGGGGUGAGAAUACAGUCUGGAGGACCGAUGUUGGGUCAGUGGUGGGAAUAUAGUACGGAGGACCAAUGUCAGGUUCAGUGGUGGAAAUACAGUAUGGAGGACUGAUAUCCGAU